AUGGUGUGCAUAAGAAAAGCAACGGUCAACGACCUCCUCGCGAUGCAAGCAUGUAAUCUCUUCUGUCUCCCGGAGAAUUACCAGAUGAAGUAUUACCUAUACCACAUCCUCUCUUGGCCGCAGCUUCUUUACGUCGCCGAAGAUUACAACGGCCGUAUCGUCGGUUACGUCCUCGCGAAGAUGGAAGAGGAGACUAAUGAGUGUCACGGACAUAUUACAUCUCUCGCUGUUCUGAGAACUCAUCGGAAACUUGGGAUUGCUACUAAGCUUAUGACCGCCGCACAAAACGCCAUGGAACAGGUGUUUAGUGCAGAAUACGUCUCGCUGCACGUCAGGAAGAGCAACCGUGCAGCUUUUAACUUGUACACAGAGACAUUAGGGUACAAGAUUCAUGAUGUGGAGGCCAAGUAUUAUGCCGAUGGGGAGGAUGCUUAUGACAUGAGGAAGCAACUCAAGGGGAAGCAGUUGAAUCAGCACCAGCAUCAGCAUCACCACCACCACCACCAUCAUGGCGGUGGUUGUUGUUCCGGGGAGGCCAAGGGGAAUGCAAAAGCCACCUGA